AUGGCGCCUCUGACGAGACGCCGGAAGAACGCCCUUGCCGCGGCACCUCCAGCUCCGGUGAUCGACCCCGCCGACCGCAUCAGCAAGCUUCCGGAGGAGAUUCAGGCGCAGGUCCUGUCGUUCCUGCCGGCGCAGGAGGCCGUUCGAACGUGCGUCCUCGCGCGGACUUGGCGCCACGUCUGGAAGUUCACCAGACGUCUGCUCAUCACGGGCGACUCCGUGCAAGAGGUCCGGGAAUUCGUGGACCUGCUGCUGAUCAAUUUCGCGUCCCUCGACGCGAGCGAGAUCAGGUUCGAUCCGUGCGAGGAGUUCGACGACGACGAUGACAUCGAUCCCUACCUCGACGAUGAGGACACGUCCAGCCUCAACAGAUGGAUCAGCCGUGUCCUGGAAUGUCAAAUCCAGAUGCUCUGGGUCGACAUAGAUGCUCGAGGGUACUUUGAUGCCUACUUGCAUAUGAGCAACAGGCUCCUCGUCUCGCGGCACUUGACCAGGCUAGAGCUCACAGGCGUAUUGUUUAUCUGUCGUUGCCUCAACCUGGAUGGCUGUCCUGCAUUGGAACAUCUGGAGAUUAAUGAAUGCUGCUUGGAAGACGUGAGGAAGAUCACUUCCCUGUCACUGAAACACCUCGUCAUCACAUCCUGCGAGUCCAAUGACGCUCGUAACCGCAUUCAGAUUUGUGUUCCACGUCUAGUUUCUUUGUUAUGGCUGGGUAACAUAGAUGUCAUGACUCCCCUGCUAGAGAGAAUGCCAGAGUUGGUGGAGGCAAAGUUCCAGAUUAACUCAUACCGGGAUAAGUGCUAUUGUGAUGAUCCCAUGGCUUGUUACCACAUUACGCAGGAUGGUGACACUUCAGAUAUUGAUUCUGAUAGCGAUGACGGCGAAGAAGGUUCAGGUGAUUAUGCUGGACAAAAUACCACAAAGUGCGUGGUCCUUGAAGGUUUAGCACAAGCUAGAGAUCUAGUGCUGUUAGCUGAUCGCCCAACGUUUAUUUUCAAAAGGGAUUUGAGGUGGUGCCCCACUUUUUCCAUGUUGAAGACCUUGGUACUCACUCAGGUUUACUGGUGUGAGCCUGCUGAUUGCAGUGUACUAGAGUGUAUGCUUGAACAUGCACCACUUUUAGAGAAGCUCACACUUACUUUAAAAAAGGAACCGCGGGACGGCAAAUAUAAAGUGGAAAUAAAAGGAUACCCUGAUGCAAAAGUGAAAUCGACCAAAAUAUCGCAACACCUUCAGAUAGUCAAGAUCAUUUGUGAAGAUGUCAAUGGAAUAUUUUUUAAUGUCCUGAAUUUUCUGGGUACACUCAACCUAUGUUUUGAGACCAGAGUAACAAAAAAAUGA